AUGGCAGCAACGCUGCAGCACCUGCGUUUGCUGCUUCUGCUCCUGCUGCUGCUGCACCAACCAAUGAAGAAGUACGAGAGGCUGCUGCUGCUGCAGCAGCACGGCGUGCAGCAGCAGCAGCAGCAGCAGCAGCAGCACCGCCACCACCACGAAGAAGUACGAGAGGCUGCUGCUGCUGCAGCAGCACGGCGUGCAGCAGCAGCAGCAGCAGCAGCAGCGCCGCCACCACCACCAUCACCACCAAAGAAGGAGGAAUUCCGCAGCAGCAGCAGCAACAACAGCAUCGGCAGCAGCAGCAGCAGCAGAGACAGAGACCGGGAUUCGCUGCAGCAAAGACAGUGGCUGGUAGAGCAGGUUCAGUGGCGGGCAUUCAGCCGCAGUGCUGCUGCUUCUGCUGCUGCUGCUCCUGCUGCUGCUGCUGCUGCAGCAGCAGCAGGAGCAGCAGCAGCAGGAGCAGCAACAGAUUCGCCUGUACUUUCACCAGCAUCAGCAGCAGCAACAGCAGCAGCAACAGCAGCAGCAACUGCUUCUGCUGCUCCAUCGGAGCUGGCAAGUGCUUCUCAAAGACAAGAGCACACUGCAGCAGCAGCAGCAGCAGCAGCAAACUCUGCUGCUGCUGCUGCUGCUGCUGCAGAUCCAGCGGGAUGGAGACGGAGCUGGCAAGUGCUUCUCAAAGACAAGAGCACACUGCAGCAGCAGCAGCAGCAGCAGCAAACUCUGUUGCUGCCGCUGCUGCUGCUGCAGAUCCAGCGGGAUGGAGAAGAGAAGCUGCACGGGGAGACCGCAGCAGCACCAGUGACCGCGGCAGCAGCAGCAGCAGCAAUAGCAGCAGCAACAACAACAACAACAGCAGCAGCAGCAGCAGCAGCAGCAACAACAACAACAGCAGCAGCAGCAGCAGCAGUAACAACAGCAGCAGCAGCAGCAGCAGCAGCCCGAUGCGCAGCAGCCAUUCUGCCCCAGUUGAUGCAUCAUCAGUAA